GGAUCGGGCGGCCAGCGUAGGGCGCGCGGCGGUUGCUCUCGUUACUGCGGCAGCGCUCCCGGGGAGGACGUCGCCGCCGCCGCCGGCGCACGCCUGGGAUGCUGGUGAGGAGGCCAGUCGGAGCGGCCGCUGCAGCCCUCUGAGGGAAGGCCUCUGGAGGCCGCCGUUUCCUAGCGGGAAAACCGAGUCGGAGACUGGAAGGUUCGGGGCUGGGGUGUCGAGGGCUGCUGCUGAGGGGAAGGACGCGAGAGCGUGGCCGGGCUUCCUGAAGUCGCAGUCUUGACUCCAACGCUAUCUUUUGUUUGAGAAGGAAGCCGGGCAUUUUACCUGUGAAGGUGGGCCGGGCAGUGUCGCCGGCCGGGGGCUCUUCCUCCGCGCUCACUUUUUCUCGACGCCGCCAGGGGAGCGCUGUCGGAAGGGGCGAGGCCCAUUAUUUCGCAGCGCCUGGAUAUUUCUGUAAAAAUUUCCCCCGUCCCUUUUCUGGUGCUGGUGAUUUUACGCCCUGACGAGCCAACAUCCAAAUAAUAAACAUCACCAGCAGCCACCCCCAGGAAGCCCCUCAGAGGGGGAAUAAUGGAGUCCCUGAAGGAGAAGAGUGCCUGAUUGGGAGCCAGCGUUUUGUGAACCCUGGUGUCUUAAGUCCCGUCCACCUUCCCUGCGCUCCUGGGGUCCUUUUGUACCGGCUUUCUGUGCUUUGGACAAUUAUUCCGGUUUCACUUGCCAUCCGUCCCAGGGUUUACAGCAGUUUGGCCGCUACUCCAUGCCCCUUUUGGUCCCAUAUUUUCGGGAGAACCUCGAAUGACCAAAACUUCCACGUGAAAAAGCAGCUCCCUCGUGACCGUUGCCACCAAAGAAGCCUUGAACCAUGUGGACCUUUCUGGGCAUUGCCACUUUCACCUAUUUUUAUAAGAAGUGCGGGGACUUAAUCACCUUAGCCAACAAGGAGCUCUUGCUGUGCUUGCUGGUGUUCCUGUCGCUGGGUCUGGUGCUCUCCUACCGCUGUCGCUACCGAAACGGGGGCCUCCUUGGGCGACAGCAGAGCCAGUCCCAUUUCGCAGCCUUCUCGGAUAUUCUGUCAGCGUUGCCUUUCAUUGGCGUCUUCUGGGCCAAAUCCCCAUCUGGAUCCGAAAAGAAAGAGCAACCCGACUCUAGGAGGCAAAAAAAAGAAAUGAAUAUUUCAGAAACAACCUUAAUGGGAGCAGCAAUAACUUUUCAGAAUGAUCCUGAAAUUAUCAUCGUGGGAUCUGGUGUACUUGGCUCUGCUUUGGCGGCAGUGCUUUCCAGAGAUGGAAGAAAGGUGACAGUAAUUGAGAGAGAUUUAAAAGAGCCUGACAGGAUAGUUGGAGAAUUUCUGCAGCCAGGUGGCUAUCAUGUCCUUAAAGACCUUGGUCUUGAAGAUACAGUGGGAGGCCUUGAUGCCCAGGUUGUAAAUGGCUACAUAAUUCAUGAUCAAGAAAGCAAAUCAGAAGUUCAAAUUCCUUUCCCUCUAUCAGAAAACAAUCAAGUGCUGAGUGGAAGAGCUUUUCAUCAUGGAAGAUUCAUCAUGAGUCUCCGAAAAGCAGCUAUGGCAGAACCUAAUGCGAAGUUCAUUGAAGGCAUUGUGCUCCAGUUACUAGAGGAAGAUGAUGCUGUGAUGGGAGUUCAGUAUAGGGAUAAAGAAACGGGAGCCAUCAAGGAACUCCACGCUCCAUUGACUGUUGUUGCAGACGGGCUUUUCUCCAAGUUCAGGAAAAACCUAAUAUCCAGUCAAGUUUCUGUUUCAUCUCAUUUUGUUGGUUUUCUUAUGAAGAAUGCACCACAGUUUAAAGCAAAUCAUGCUGAACUUGUUUUAGCUAAUCCAAGUCCAGUUCUCAUCUAUCAGAUUUCGUCCAAUGAAACUCGAGUACUUGUUGACAUUCGAGGAGAAAUGCCAAGGAAUUUAAGAGAAUACGUGAUUGAAAAAAUUUACCCACAAAUACCUGAUCACAUGAAAAAACCAUUCUUAGAAGGCAUUCAGAAUUCUCGAUUGAGGGCCAUGCCAGCAAGCUUCCUUCCUUCUUCACCAGUCAACAAACGAGGUGUUCUUCUUUUGGGAGAUGCAUAUAAUAUGAGACAUCCUCUUACUGGUGGAGGAAUGACUGUUGUUUUUAAUGAUAUAAAACUAUGGAGUAAACUGUUAAAGGGUAUCCCUGAUCUUUGUGAUGAUGCAGCUGUUCUCCAGUUUUGGUUCAGAAUAAUUUUGAAUUUUAUUUUAGAUUCCCUGCAUCAACUAAGAAGAGCCUGUUUUCUGUAUUUCAAAUUUGGUGGACAAUGUGUUGCUGGUCCUGUUGGGCUGCUUUCUGUAUUGUCUCCUAACCCUCUAAUUUUAAUUGGACACUUCUUUGCUGUUGCGGUCUAUGCCAUGUAUUUUUGUUUUAAAUCAGAACCUUGGAUAUCAAAACCUCGAGCCUUUUACAAUAGUGGUGCUAUUUUGUACAAAGCCUUUUCUGUAAUAGUUCCUCUUAUUUACUCAGAAAUGAAGUACUUGGUUCAGUAAGCUUAAAGGAGGCCAUUUGUGAAUGAAUAUUUGGAACUCACCAAGUCCUAAGUGACUUUUGGAAGUGGAUGUAUAUAGCAUAUACUAUAUUACUUCUAAAGUAUAAACUCUUGGAUCAAGAUUAGGAUUAAUUUGUUUUUGAAGUUGUUUGUAUACAAACAUGUAAAUAUAUCCUUUAAUUUGCAACUUAAAAUGAAGGGUAAAACAAGUUAGAUAUUUAAAAGAAAUGACUUUUACCAUAAAUUAGUGCUAAUACUGAAGAAUUAGUUUUUCUUUUGAAUUCCCUAUUUGGGAUGAGUCAUUAUGGGACAUGCAAAUAAAAUAAAGAGUGAACUCUCUUGUGCUCUCUGUUUCUUGUUACGGGAUUUCUUUACAUCGUUCAUGAUAAUGGUAAAGAAAACCCAAAUCUCUUUUGCUCUUAUCCAACUUGUUGAUGUCCAGACUGCCACAGUAGGAUAGCUGCUCUCUUUUCAGAAUAAUUUUCUUGCAGAAGUGAUUUAGGGUUUAGGGGCAUUAAAAUCUUACGGCUAAGCUGGUACCAAAAAAAGAAAGAAAAAGCUUAUGGUUAGCAAUAUAGUUGUGGGGACCUGGGGCAGGGCUCAGGGAGACACCCUCCUGGCUGCUGGGGAAGGAAGGAAGAGAUGGAAGGAGCAGCUGAAGUUAGGGAAUCCUACAGAAGGCAUGCUGGGAAUCCCCCAGGGUAUCUGGGAUUGGAAAGAGACAGCGAGCCUCAAACACCAAGAAAUAUUUCUGUGACACGCGAUCCACAAGCCUGUGGUCAUUACAUUUGCCUACAUGUGUCUGCCAGCCUGCCAGCCCGUUGUGGCUGGGCUCAUUGUGCUACCAGGUUCAUCUCUCACCUUCCGAACAUGGCUUUUUACAGGGUGAAUCUAUAAUUUUUGAAACAUAAGCAGAAAGCAGCAGGACAACUUUGGGUACCAGCAGUAUUAUUUUGCUAAAAAUUUGGAGUUGCACAAAUAGUUCUUUUGAACAUAAAACUAAAUGGAUUUAUACGUAAGAAUUACAUUCAGCAUUUAUAAGAGGCAGUACAAAAAUGGGUUCUGCAUCUACAUGAUAUAAAUUGCAUAUAAUACCAUGAUUUAAACAAUAUUAAUUAUAUUAACUAGUGCUGUGAGAUACAUCUUACUCAGAAUGUCUGAUGUUUCCCACAAUAGGAAAAAAUGCAGUUAUAUGAGCAGUUGAGUUGCUUUUCA